AUGAUCAGCCUGGCUCAUGGUAGCAAUGUCAAUUAUUCUUCAGUGGCACAUUAUUAGGAAACAAUAGUAAUACAAACAUAAUCCCCGCAAUAGCAUGUUUUCUCCAUUUUCGUUUAACGGAAGAUUCUCUAAAGGCCCGGAGCUCCUUAGAAACAAAGUGCAACGCUUCUCAGAGGAAAGGCAUGAGUGAGGGCCAUGAAGGUAUCUUCGUAGACAGCACGCGUAGAAAUCAUUUCUGUCUAUUUUCAACCAAGUGGGAGAAGCGUGGGAGGCGCGCAAGAGCGAGCAAAAAAUAGGGACGCGUAGAGAAAUAAAACGGCGGCCGCUGAGCUUCUGUCCCAGGAAUACACAACCUAAUAUAUGCCCAACAAAUGUCCGCCCCCGGAAAGAAUGGGCACACCUAGAAUUGACUAAGUCUUAAGUUUCAAAGAGAUUAUUAUUGGAACCAAAGCUUAUUUUUGCAGAGCCUUCUAUAAAAAAUGACAACAACCAAAGAACAAACUCUUAUGACGACAAGCAGCUUGUUUCGGAAACGACCCUUAGUAGUGACUGUAUAAUGAAAGAUGAUGCUACAUCAGGAAAUCCGACUAAAAUAUCCACGAAUACAGACUCUCAGUCUCAAAAUAACGGUAAGCGUAACAUGUCAGAAUUCUCUUGA